CGCGGGGCGGGGCUAGCGGGCACUGCUGGAACGGCGAGUUGAAAUCGAAUCUGAACACUUUUGCAUUGAGGGAAGACAGGUGAAUGGGAAGUGAUGUCGGAUGAAACGUUACAUCUGUGUACACCGACAGGUGCAGCACGCUGGCGUCAAGGCUGAGUGACAGUUUGUGAUCUAGCUCCCCGUGCUUUCAGACAGUUCCCUGUAAAUCCUGAAGCUACACUUGAGCCAAGAUGUCCUGCUUCCGAGAGAAUUUCUGGGGGGAGAGGAACGCUGGGUUUGACGUCCUGUAUCACAACAUGAAGCAUGGACAGAUUUCCACCAAGGAGCUGGCUGAGUUUGUCCGCGAGAGGGCUGCCGUUGAGGAGAGCUACUCCAAGUCUAUGAGCAAACUGUCCAAGAUGGCGAGCAGCAGCAGCCAGCUCGGAACGUUUGCGCCCAUGUGGGAUCUGUUCCGCGUCUCCUCGGAUAAGCUGGCGCUGUGCCACCUGGAGCUCACAAGGAAGCUGAGCGACCUCAUCCGGGAGAUCAACAAGUACGGGGACGAGCAGGUCAAAGUUCACCGCAAGACUAAGGAGGAGGUGACAGGCACCCUGGAGGCCGUGCAGAGCAUGCAGGUCUCCAGCAGCCACCUGCACAAGGCCAGGGAGAGCUACCUCAGCCGAUGCCUGGAGCACGAGCGUCUCCGCAAGGAGGGAGCCAACCAGAAGGAGGUGGAGAAGGCAGAGGCCAAGUCUAAGAAAGCAGCAGAGACGUUCAGCGCCUGUGUGGAGAAGUACAAUCGAGUGGGCGGAGACUUUGAGCGCAAGAUGAGCGAAUCAGCACAGAAGUUCCAGGAGAUUGAGGAGGCUCACCUGAGGCAGAUGAAGGUGCUGAUCAAGUCCUACUCCCACUCCAUCGAGGACACACACGUGCAAGUGGGGCAGGUGCACGAGGAGUUCAAACAGAACGUGGAGAACAUUGGGGUUGAUAAUCUCAUUCAGAAGUUCUCUGAUCAGAAAGGCACUGGCAGGGACAGGCCAGGCUCAACCACAGCUGCAGCGUGUAUAGCGGCUCAUCACGCCAGGGCUCCAGCUCCGGGCAGCUUCGAGGAAUCCAGCGUCUCCAGUCUGCAGGAAGGGAUCAAAAAGAUCCGGAACAAGACCUUUCGCAUCCCCGGGCUCAGCAAGAAAGAGAAGGAGCCCAACUCCACGGACUCUGCAGCAGCUGAUACACCAAACUCUCCAGAGGUCGACGAGGACGGGUUUGUAAUCCGAGCCGACGUCAACAGGAACGAUAUCCUACAUGACAAAGAGACCAACUUCUACUCGAGCGACUCGGACUUCGACGACGACGAGCCCAAGAAAUUCCACGUCCAGAUCCGCCCCCCCGCGAGCGGGAGCUGCCGGAACAGCGCGGCCACGGAACAGGAGCUGAAGGCAACCGUGGGGGCGCUGACCCUGCCACCCAACCGAGUGGCCUCGGUCAAGAGACACCUCUCAAGGAACUCCACCUCCGUGACCGGGGCCCGGUCUGACGGGGAAGGGGACCCGUGCAGCAGCCAGAGAGGCAACGAGCAUGACGGGUACCGAAGAUGUGCAUCCAGCCCAGUGCCGAACAGGCUGAUCUCUGCAGCUCUGCCCCCUGAGCCUCUGUUUGGUCCUCCGCUGGAGUCUGCAUUCAAACACAGCGGCUUCACAGACUCCAAACCGACCACCUCCUCCUCCGACUCCUCCUCCCCUGAGAACGUGGAGGACUCCGGGCUCGACUCUCCUUCCCAUCAGCCUCUGGGGCCCUCCCCGGAACCCUGCACCUGGGCUGCCUGGCCUGCCGUGACAUCACAGAGCAAGGAGGCGGGCUCAGCCGGCGACCCUUUCCUGACAGUGUCCCGCGAGCCCUCCUCUUCCUCCUCCCCCAGGGGCUGGCUGCCGGCCAAUCAGAGCCCCAGGGGGGCGGGGGAUGACGAAUCCUCCUCUUUCUCGUCGUCCACUUUCGCUGCCUUCAGCCGCCCCUCUUCUUCUGAAUGUGAGCCCCCUUCCUGGCCUGGCCUGUCCCGAACUCCUCUCAGCAAACAGUGCGAUCCUUUCCUGGCUGACUUUGACCGGACUCCUAAAGUAAGAGGCAGCUCCGAGCCCUGGAACCCCAAUCCCAAAGCGCCCCACGAAGGCAGGGCCCGCAGCUCAGCCGGGGUGUGCCCAGUGUCGCACGGAGACCCUUUCGCCAUCUCCUUCAGCACCCCCUCUGACACCGGGGCGCCCGUCUCUUCCAAACCGGCUGAGCUGCCCCUCGAAGGCUCUCCUGAAGACCCGUUCUCCAUCACCAUGCUGGGCAGCCCCACGCACCAGUCCUCCCUCUCGGGUUCCAACCCCGCUCGGAGCGCCCCCGGCCCCAGAGCGGGCAGGAAGGAGCUGGUGCGCUGGAACUCCCUGCACAACCCCUUCGUGGAGGGCUCCGGGGCGGGCAGGAGGCAGCGGGCACCCAGGGGAGCCAUCCUCUCCAGGAGGAAUUCAGGGACGGAGGAGGUCCUCUCCUUCAGUGUGUUCUCCAGCCUCGCGAAUUCAGACUUCCCUGACAAAGAGGGGGAAGCGUCUAGCCGCAAUGCGGGCUCCCAGUUUCGGAAUGCAGGUCCCCCCCCUAUCUCCAGACAGGACGGCCCAGAGAUGGUAGUAGUGGCUCCUCCCCGGCCCUCAAGAGCCAAGAGGGCCCCAGGUGGGAGGCUGAGUGGCUGUGAGCGGUCCAGGUCGGUGUGCUCAUCCCCUCUCCUGGAGCCCAGCCCCCCCCUCACCACCACCACCUCCUCCUCCUCCUCCUCGUCCAGCCCCUGUGAGUGGGGGGUCCACAUCCCCACGCCUCGCCCAGCCAGCCCCCCACGAGGGCUGUCCCGCGGUCCGAGCCCCAUCUCCCUGAGCUCCCAGGAUGCGUGGCCUGUGGCUGCUGCCAUCACAGAGUAUAUCAACGCCUACUUCAAGGGAGGAGAGCUGAACCGCUGCCUGGUGAAGAUAACAGGAGACCUCACCAUGUCCUUUCCAGCCGGAAUCACCCGCAUCUUCAACGCCAACCCCACCGCACCCGUCCUCAGCUUCCGAUUGGUCAACACGUCCAGGGUUGACCACUUCCUGCCCAAUCAGAAACUCCUCUACAGUGACCCUUCCCAGAGCGAUCCAGACUCCAAAGACUUCUGGUUCAACAUGCAGGCUCUGACUCUCCACCUCCAGAGAGAGGCGGAACUCAACCCCCAGGCUUCAUACUACAACGUAGGCCUCCUCAAAUACCAGGUCUCCUCUCAGGACCCCGGUUGUGCCCCCCUCCACCUCUCCGCUCGGUGCCAGUGCAGCGGCUCCCUCACCCGCGUCUCUCUGGACUAUCACUGCUGCCCUGCCUCCCCCGCCACGGAGCUCAGCAACGUCCAGGUGGUCAUCUCUCUGGAGGACUCCGCCACGGACGUGCACUGCCAGCCGCCCGGAGUGUGGAACGCGGAGGAGCAGCGGUUGCUAUGGAAACUGCACAAUCUCUCUCCCACGGCUGAUGGGAAAGGUGCCGGGACUGUGUGUGCGAGCUGGCAGUGCCGGGACGUCCUGCGCGGGGCUCUCCCCAGCGUGGGGGUGCAGUUCGUGGGCUCGGGAGAAGCCCUGUCUGGGGUGGACCUGGAACUGGUGGGCGGGCGUUACCGCAUGUCUCUUGUCAAGAAGCGCUUCGCCACAGGAAAGUACAUGGCUGGCUGUUCAAUAUGAGGACGAUGGAGGGACCAUCUCUUACAGAGAAACCAGAAGCACAAAUUUGCACUUUCAGUCCCCUACAAACUUCAGUGAACUUUGCGAGAAUGACACAGAUGAAAGGAUAAGCUGAAGAGUUAACAAUUUUAAACCAUGUAUCAGCAAAUUAUUUCUGCAGACCCAGUUGGCUGAUAUGUAAAUGGAAGAGUUUUAUAACAUGAAAAGAAACCCCCUUCAGCCUCUUGGAAUCCAGUCUUGUUGCAGGAGAAAGUUCCUGGAGUUUUUAUCCGUGGGACUCCUGCUCUUAGAAACUGCAUGUAGUAAAAGGACCAUGAAGCUUUCGGACCAGGCCAGCCCCUUCAGUCUUGUUUAAUUUGAUUGUAAUUAUUGGAUUCUGUGUUUUCUUUGUAAUUACUUUUGUGCGUGUGCUCUAUACAGUUGGGAUGCUGUGUGCCUUGGAGACUGAUCGUACAUGAGUAGGCUGAAUUAAAAGUGGUGCGAUUGCAAGGUAGAUUUGUUCAAAAAGGGGGUCCAGGAGUUUAGUGGACCUUCGGACUAUGUUUGGUGUCCACAUCACAAAUUGAAACUUUCAGAACAAGGUAGGUGUGAUUUACUGUGUGGAUGAUUGACAAUUGCUGAUGUCUGCCAUGCUUUGUUUUGGACCAACAGUGUAAUCAGUCUGGCACUAUUUGAUGAGCAAUGAAAUUCAAUAGUCCUCCCCAGUAUAUAUUUAAAGUGUUGGUAAAAUAAACCAUUUUCAAAACAAAUACACAAUAAAUACACUGUUCUCAGCUUU